AUGAGUAAUGUUUAUCGCUUUUUACUACUAAAGUUUUACAUCAUCUUGAAUAUCAUCAAUUGUAUACAAACACUUCCGAAUGGCUAUUUAUUAGGAGCAUCAUAUAAUCCUGUAUCGGGCUCGAAUGCAAUAUUCAAAAUUAAUCCAUUAGAUGGAAAAUUUGCGGUGCUUACACCUUUGACCAGCUACAAAGCAUAUGAUGUUACAUAUGAUUUUAUUCAUAAAGUUUUAUACGUUUUCGGUAGUCAAGCAUCAUCAGAAAAUGAAGCGGAGCUAUCAGUGAUGGUGAUUAACCCGUUAAAUGGUACGCAAAAGUAUCGACCAAUUACAUUAGAACCUGAUGCUGAUAUAUUUAAUUUGAGCGUUGAUAGCAGCACAGAAAUGUUAUAUUCAGUACAAAUAGAUGACUCACCAGAAAAUCCAAUAAGUAUCGUUCAGAUCGACACAAGGGAAUUUAUAGCUAAACGAUGGGUUAAUAUAACCGGAGCUGACGGUAUACGAGCUGAUUGUAUGGCUGUAUUUUUUAAUGCAUCAGUUCAUCAAUAUUUUGGAGCAGUUCUCUUUGAAGAUGUUUAUAUUGUUGGUAUUGAUGUGCCAAAACAAAAAAUUAUUAGUAAUGUCACAAAUACAAAUUUACCAUCAUAUCUAUGUUAUGAUAAUAAAACGGAUGCUUUUUAUGGUAUGCAAAAGGCUCAGAGAGAACGUGGUUGCAGUUUAGUACGCUUGAAUCCAUAUAAUGGUUCUAUGGAUGUUAUAUCGAAAUAUUUUGAUGAUUAUUUACCAUCGAGUGGUGAUUGUUAUAACGGAUAUUAUUUUACAAUGAUUGUUAAAGGCUUCGACGAUCAGAAUAUUGUCACCUUUGAUUUGAGCGAUAACGCAAAAGUAAUAGCAAAUAUACGAGUAAAGUCCUACUUGAAUGCAUUUGCAUUUGCUCCGAAUUAA